AUGAUAGAAGAAGAUGAUUGGUCGGAUGGAGUUGAUGAGGGUGAGGUUGGUAGUGAUAGACAAGAUGAAACUGAGGAUGAGAUUGGUAGCGAUAGAGGAGAUGAGACUAGUUCUAAUGGAUCUGAAACAUUUGAACCUAGAGCAUAUGAGUAUGAAGACAAUGAGGAUGAUGAUGAGGAAUUCUUUGCAGAAGAAAAUGAAUUUGUAGAUAAGAUUGCAAGUGAUAAAGCUGAGUCUUCAAGACAGAGAAUGAAAGGGUUAGAAGCUGUUGUGAGAGCUCAAGAAAGAUGUGACGAUAUUGUAAUACCUGAGUUUGAUUAUCAAAGACACCUUUCUAAGGAGUAUCAUGGAUUGAUUGGGAGUGAUGAUGAAGACAAUGGGAUAAUGCAUGCUGAUUUUGCCCGGCACCAUUUGGUCAGCAGGGUCUUGAAGAAUCUUCUAGCAUAUAGAAAAUGGGUGGAGAAGAACCUAGUGGACGCUACGGGGAGUUAUCCAAAUUUUACAGCCAAAGAUGCAGCCAAAUACAUGGCUUAUAAUUAUCACGUUCACUUGGUAGAGAUGAAGUUCUAUAGAAAUUUGGAAAUAACCAGAGAUAUAGUUGAAGAAUCUGAGAAUGCACAAUUUGUUGUACUUUAUGAUUAUUGUGAAGAGAUCAAAAGGAGCAACCCUAGGUCAACUGUAGGAUUAAGUGUGGAGAGGGUUGUUCAGAUUUUGCCUCCUAGAGGCACUCUAUUAGCAGCAGUGAUUCAUGAUCUCAACCAGACAUUCUAUCUCAUUGCAUACGUAGUUGUUGAGCUAGAGACAAAGGAAACAUAA